CGCUAAUGGGGCAAAUAUGUGAAUUAUGUGCCACGUGUGUAUUUUCCCAGCACGUCCUGAACGCAGCAGGCAGACUCGUCAGAAACUCGUUCAUCGAUUCUUUGCAAGCAAGAACAAGAACAGGAUAUCAGUGACAAUGAAUGUGUCGCAUGAAAUAAGUUUGCUGGUGGAGGAGAUUCAGCGUCUCGGCAGCAAAAAUGCCAACGGUCAAACCAGCGUGAAGUUCGGUGUCUUGUUCAACGACGACCGCUGCGCCAACAUCUUCGAGGCCUUGGUGGGCACCCUGAAGGCUGCCAAGAAGAAGAAGGUGGUCACCUUCCAGGGGGAGCUGCUCCUGCAGGGCGUCCACGACGACGUCGACGUCAUCCUGCUCCAGGAGUGAGGUCGACGGUGGGAUCGGACGGCCUCCCGCUCCCCGUAGCUGUGGGUCCCGUUCCAAAUACUGAGCCUCUGCAGCGCACCGGCCUGCUUCUGUUUCCCACUUUUAUCUUCCUUCAUUUACAAGGCUCAGUAUUUGAACUUUAACACAACGAUAACAAAUCUGAUUAGACCUACCUGUACAGUUGCGGGCACGGCAGGCAUGUCUGCAUAAAGGUUUUAUUUUAUUUCAGCGUGCCUAAUUGGAAAAAACAUGCCUGUGAACCGUCACGGAGUCGGAUCGCGUAGAGGAGCGGUGGUUCUUUCUCAGGCGCUGCAAUUUUUUUUUUAGUCACAGGCGUCAACGCACAAAUCAAAAAUGUAACAUUUUGUGUUCAUUUAGAUUUUUUAAAUUUAAUUUUGGGGUAAAAUUGUAAGUGUGUAACAACUAAAUGUCUCAGUUUCAGGACGGGGUGGUUGCUAGAUUUAGGAACUUUAACCAAACUUUAUCCUAAGUUUGUAGUGGAUACUGUCAGAGCUGCACUGUCAAUAAGCAGUGGGAGUUAAAGCCUCAUUACUUAUAACAUAAUGGGUUUUCUGCAUAAAAUAGUGUAGUGUGUCCACCAACUGUGUUAACAAAUGGCGGUUCCAUUUCUAUGUUUACAUGCGCCAUUUCUACUACCUCCUGGGGACUUUGUAAUAAGACGUUAUGGAAAACUACUGUUUGUACUCGUUGCUAUGUACCAGAGUAGUUUUUAUUCCAUCUUUUUAUAUCUAGUCGUUAAUUGAAAAAUUCCAAAAAAAAAAAAACAAACAAACACAUAGACUUUGCCUUUUGUAAAGAACAACUGACGAGCAAAUGGCGAAUGUUAUUUCUUGUGCAAUUUUUAUUAGUGUAUAAUUACAGGGUGCCGAUGCGAAAUUUGUAACGACUCUCAGGACCAGAUCGACCAAAAUGUGUUUAGUAGUUGUCCUGUGGCUUAAAUUAGUGACACGAGAUGCACAUUUACACUUGUAUCAGCUUAGUUUGUAUCAGCGCUCUUUACUCUGUACUGUAGGUCUGAUGAAACUUGCAGAUCAGGCGUAAAUAGUUUAACGAAUGAUCAAAUAUCAGAACUUAUCACCUAUUGAUGAAUUGUUAAGUCAUCAAACGCUUUUUUGUUAUUUUAUUUUGCUGAAAUAUCAUCGACAUUCAGCUUUGUAUGGAGGCCCGAAGCUGCCAUGAUUAAUUGAAUUACAAAUUACACUGUGGAAUAAAUAAUUGCUUGAGUAAAUCCAGGCGAACAUGCGAUGAAAUGUGCAAUAGCGCAACACAUGAUUUGAACUCAGGUCAAGAAUUUUUUUUACAUUUAGUUUUGGUCAUUUUUAUUUCCAGAUGACACAAAAUCAAAUCAAAACUCAACCUCCCAUUUAUAUCAGAGUGGAACGACAUUAGCUUCCCCUUGGAAACAGUUGUAAUGGUUAGCCUGUUAGCCAUGUUAGCCCCUCAUACAGCCUCCAGGUUUAUAUCCUGUUUCAUGUCAGUCAAGAAAGGCAAAUAAGGCGGAAACACACACGGUAAAUGUGCGAACCUUCUUGCUGUGAGGAAGCGUCAAUGCUAAUCACAAAGACAGAAAAAUUUAAACCAAAAUGUCCUCUAACAAAGAAGCAAAACGGAUGAAUAUUUCUUAUUAUUGAGCUGAGUUUAAAAAAUGUAUUUGUUACAAAUCACAUUUGAUUUCAUUUAUUUAAAACCCGUUAAAUUUUGUACCCUUUGGGCCUCCAUAUAAACUGUUGCGGCUAACUUUUUUUUCCCUCGAUGUAUCUUAUUCUUGCCAGAAUAUGUGUGCACAUACAUAUCAGACUUCAAAUUCUCUUUCUUGUUGAAUUUGUGUAAUAAUCAGCAUUUUUUUUUUUAAACUCCGCCUGGUCCGCAAGUUUUCUACGACCCCAUUCACAUUCACUGCUGUUGUACCAACCUCGCAAAAAUAUUUUACAUUCAGGUGUGUCAGUUUGACUUGAAAAGUUUUUUUUUUUUUUUUAAUUAUUGUUAUUAUUACAAUAAUUUCCUCAGCAUCAGGGCUUAGAUGGAUCAAAACUUGGGUGAACGUAAACUAAUGGGGGUGAGUCUGAAGAAGUGUGAGGACUGUGCUGCUUGCGUCACCAUCGAGGAGAAUACGCUGCUGUUGCUCUGGAGUUUCGGACGACUUCCUAAACACAAAGUGAGACCGAGCAGUGCCAGUACCUCGAGCUGUUUCCGUGAGCGUGUGGGAUGCCAGCAUGAUGAUGUGUUUGAGUGCGUCAUUACUGUUUUUCCUUUUUUUUUUUUUUUUUUUGUUUUGGCAAUGAUGUGUUCCUAGAAGAGCAGAGGUCUCCUGUCGCUGACAUAUACACUCCAAGGAAAUAAAUCUUUACACUUGAAGCCUUGAACCUGAUUCGCUGAGUGUUUCAUUUUGUUCGUGCAAGGAGAUUGCAGUGACGCCAAUAAAGCAUUUGCUUGUUUUAUCA